AUGCAGAAAAGCUGCGCUGAGCCCGGCCCGCGUAUUCGGCGAAGCAGUGUUGGCACCGACUCGGCUGCCACUGCCGCACAGCGCCUGCUCAGACGCACCGGGUCGCCGCAGCUAACGCCCGACGCCGCUUCCCUCGCCAUGCGCUUUACCAGCUGCUCCUCCGAUAGCGCAGACAGGAUCAACAGCGACGAGUGCGAAGAAUCUCAGCUCUUGGGCUCAUUUGAGCGACGAGCGCAUGUUGGGCUCGGGUACGUCGCUGUUGUCCAAAUCGAUGCCCAACGCCGUCGCCACCAAUCGCCUCGUCGAUGCCAUGACGGCGACUUCCGGGCCCCGGUUGCGGACGAGGCCGGACAAGAUUCGUGCACAUCCUCUGCCUUGGACCACUCACAACCCACCAACGAUCAAUCCCUCAUGAUCAUAGCCGCAAUGUGGCCAUUCAGCUCGUCAUCAUCUCCAACAUCAGCAGCAGCGGCGGACACGGCGGACAAGUGUCCUGUGGACGAAGAGACGCGCCAGGCAUGGCUGCGUGCGAAUCCGGGCAAAGCGCAUCCCUUCCAGCCCGAUUCUCCUGCUCCGAAACAGGAACAUGACUCGCAGCCAGGCCCAUCACGGCCACGGUACAACGACGAGUCGCGCCUGUCGACGGAUCGCGAAAUUUCGUCGAUCCCACGCAGCUACUCGCGUCUGGCCAACCCUACCGCCGCGCAAGCCGCCCAACCUCCCAGCACGGCCGACGAGGACACGGACGGCAAGUGGGUCUACCCCUCGGCGAAGCAGUUCUACAAUGCGAUGAAGCGCAAGAACCAAAACCCCCAGGUCGCGGAUAUGGACGUGGUGGUGCCCAUCCACAAUGCGGUCAACGAGCAGGCGUGGCGCCACAUCCUUGCGUGGGAACGCAUGUGGACCGCCGAAUCCGACACCAAGCUCAUCUCCUUCAAGGGCAGACCGCGCGACCUCACAUGGCGUGCAUGGUUCAACACGCUUGCGGGCUACCAGCCGCCCUUUGACCGACACGACUGGACCAUCGAACGCCCCAACGGAGAGCAGGUGCGCUACAUUAUCGAUUUCUACACCGGCAAGUCGCAGCCCUCCCUCUCCGCAAAUACGGGCCCAGGCAACAUUGCGGACAGCUUUGGUGCUGGUGCACAGUCCAAGGCAGGCCUGAGCUUCUAUUUGGAUGUAAGACCCGCGCCGUCGACGAUCCAGGGCAUGGCUAUGAGGUCGAGGCGCGUGUACAACCGCUACUUUGGCGAGCCCGGCUCCGCGCCCUAG